UGAACUAAUUUUGACAACUCGUCCAAAAUAAUAUACGACGCGCUUAUGAUUUCAUUUGGCUAGUUUCUGUGCUGUUUUAUAUUUUUACAUAUAAUUUAAAACAAUUUACAUUUAUAGUAUAAAUAUAGUGUAAAAUAUGAGCGCAAUGGGUGAGGAGUUCGAGGAAGAAAGUUGGAUGAACCGCGGUGGUAACCAGCACGGCGAAGAGGAGGCCGAUGGACACGACGAACCGCUGGAAAACCCUCAAGAGGUUCUCACCGAAUGUCUGGGAAAGUUUGCCACCUCUGACUACAUUAUGGAGCCAGGAAUCUUCGCUCAGCUUAAAAGAUACUUUCAAGCGGGCGGAACACCGGAACAGGUCAUCAACCAACUAUCGGCAAACUAUACGGCCGUGGCUCAGAUGGCAAAUCUUCUCGCCGAGUGGCUCAUUUUAGCUGGUGUACGCGUUACCGAUGUUCAGGCGAUGGUCGAAAACCACCUGAAGGAUAUGAUCCUCAAAACGUUCGAUCCGAAGAAAGCGGACAAAAUUUUCACCGAGGAAGGUGAGACCCCCGGAUGGUUAACGGAAAUGAUCGAGCAUCACACGUGGCGGUCACUGAUUUAUCGGUUAGCCGAAGAGUACCCGGAUUGUCUGAUGUUGAACUUUACCAUCAAGUUGAUUUCGGACGCUGGCUUUCAGAGUGAAAUCACGUCGAUUUCCACAGCUGCCCAGCAGAUUGAGGUGUUUUCGAGGGUACUGAAAACGUCGAUUGCCAAAUUUUUGAACCACCCGGAAGACUGGCAGAAUGCGAUACACGAGUGUGCCAAAAUGGUUUGCCACGGACAGCAUACCUACGUUUACAGUCAGGUGUUGAUUCAGGUGCUGUCGCAGGAACCGAAGGGAGGGUUCAUUAUGAAACGGUUGGCGCAGGAAAUUACGAAAUAUGCACUGAAAAACAAUCACAACGUUACCCCCAUUACAAUGGCUCUGAACGGGUCGGCCCGGCAUCCGCAAGCUUGCGAAGCUCUAACUUCUAUGCUGACUAGAAACGCAUUGAAUCCGGCCGACAUUACGGUUCUUUACCGUAACUACUCAUCGCCGGAGCCACCACCAAUCGAUCUCAUUCGCAAUCCGCAAUUUCUAGACCUGUUGGUUGAUUCACUUUUCAAAGUUGGAGUGAAGAUCAAUCAGGAGCACAAGUCGAAGUAUAUCUAUCUGCUGGCGUAUGCGGCUAGUGUUUGUGAAACGGCUGGGAAAAAGGGACAGCCAAAAGGACAACGUACCACCAACAAGGACGAGCUGAAAGCAACUAUUCAAGCUGUCGAAAAAGUGCACGCCAUAUGCAACGUGAACCGCGGAUCCACGGAACUAAUCGCUGAAAUUUCCACACUGUACAACUGCAUUCGCUUUCCGGUGGUCGGUGUGGGUGUGAUUCGAUGGGUGGAAAAUACCGUUACUGAACCCUCCUAUUUCAAACUGUGCACUGAAAGUUGUCCGCUGCAUCUGGCCCUUCUGGACGAGGUCGCCUGUGUUCAUUCGUCGUUGCACGACCAGAUCCUUCGCCUGUUGAUCCAACUGUUUGAAUCCAAGCAGGACGAGCUGGAGAUUCUGGUUCAACUUGAAAUGAAGAAAAUGUUGCUGGAUCGUAUGGUAAAUCUGCUAGCCAGAGGGUGCGUCGUGCCAGUUGUGAAGUACAUCCGGCAGUGCUGUACCCGUGGCGAUACAGAUAUAUCGCUGAUUAGAUACUUUGUGACCGAAGUGCUGGAGACUAUCACGCACCCGUACUCGCCGGAGUUUGUGCAGCUAUUUUUGCCAAUGGUGGAGAACGAAGAAAUCACCGGUUCGAUGAGAGGUGAAGGCGAUAACGAUCCGGUUUCGGAGUUCAUUGUUCACUGUAAGGCCCAUUACACGACGAUCUAGACCAGUGAAGUGAACAGUAAAUCUACGUGGUUAAGUAAUGAAUUUUACGAUGAACAUAAAA